AUGCCCUGUGCAGACUGCUUCAAGGGGAAUGACCAUCCCGGGCCCUGUAAUGGUGCCGAGGAGAGUCUCUACGGUCACCAGGUCUACGUUGCUAGGCCACAAGGUGAUCAUCCUCGACACAAAGCCGUGAUUGUUGUCUUUUCGGACAUGUUCGGAUGGGACACGGCCAAUCUGCGGAGACUUGCCGACUCGUACGCCGAACGAACUGGCUGUGUUGUAUACGUCCCAGACUUCAUGCACGGGACUUCAGCGCCUGCGUGGAUGAAGAGGAAUUUGGACCAGAUCACAGGUGAAUGGGGGUUCUGGGCAUGGAUGGUGAAGCCUUGGCUAGUAUUAAAGGCUGCCUUGGUGCUCGUGCCUUUCGUUCUGAGAAACAGCCCGGAGAAACGCUACCCUGGUAUCUUGAAGUUCAUGGAUCGGCUCCGCUGCGAUCAAGAACAGACCACCAAGGUAGGUGUGGUUGGUUUCUGCUGGGGAGGGUAUAGUGCCACUCAUCUUGCGCACGGUGGGCUGGCGAGCAAUGGGAAGACACUUAUUGAUGCAGCUUUUACCGCUCACCCGAGUGAACUGAAUCUCCCAGACGAUAUUUCCAAGAUCAAACUUCCUUGGAGCAUGAUCGUUGGUGAUGUGGAUUUCGCACUACCGGUACAUGGGAUCCAGCAGGCUGCUGAAAUCCUCGACAGGAAGAAAGAAGUUCCCAGUGAGGUAGUGGUUAUUCCAAAUGCGAGACACGGUUUUGCUGUUAGGGGCAACCUCGAUAACAAGGCCGAGGUUGAAAUGGCCGAUCAAGCUGAGGAUCAGAUGGUUAGUUGGUUUGCAAAAUAUCUAUACUAG